AUGAUGCAGUCAACCGUCUUGCUGCUAGGGCUUCUCUCGGCGGUCUCGGCGGUGCCUGUCGAGCAACUCCCCUUGGCCGCUCCGCUUGUGGAAUCUCAAAUCGAUUCGAUAUUCCAAACCCCUCAAGCUCCCUUGACGGAGCCAUCGGCGCCUCGACUACACGGGAAAUUCCUCCACGUAACAGACUUUCAUCCCGACCGAUACUACAAAUACGGCGCUUCGAUCGAGGACGGUUCGUGCCACCAUGGCAAAGGCGUCGCAGGAUACUUCGGACAGGAAGGAUCGGACUGCGACUCUCCCUACACACUUGUUAACGAGACGUUCCGCUGGUUGGCCGAAAAUUUGAAGGAUGAUCUCGACUUCGUGAUCUGGACUGGCGACUCCGCCCGCCACGAUAACGACGAGCUCAUCCCCCGGUCCGAGCAAGAAAUCGUCGAUCUCAACCAGUACAUGGCGCAGAAAUGGAUUGAUCUGUUCGGCACCCGGAAAAAUUCUGACCGUGUUCGCGGCGUGCCUCACAUCUCGGUGCCUGUAGUGCCGACCUUCGGCAACAACGAUAUUGCGCCCCAUAAUAUCUUCAGGAAAGGUCCUAAUCUAUGGACUAAGAGGUUCGCGGAGGUAUGGCAUGACUUUAUCCCCGAGGAUCAGCGCCACAGCUUUCUCGCAGGCGGGUGGUUCACCUCGGAGGUCAUUCCGGGCAAGCUGGCUGUUAUUAGCUUGAACACAAUGUACUUCUUCGACUCCAACAGCGCGGUGGAUGGCUGCGUCGAAAAGUCCCAGCCGGGAUACGAGCAUAUGGAAUGGCUCCGGGUGCAGCUGCAGAUUCUGCGUAGCCGGAACAUGAAGGCCAUCUUGAUGGGUCAUGUGCCCCCGGCGCGCACCGAGGAGAAGACCAACUGGGACGAGACCUGCUGGCAGAAGUACACACUGUGGUUGGAUCGGUACCGCGAUGUGGUGGUGAGCGGCCUCUAUGGACACAUGAACGUCGAUCAUUUCAUGCUACAGGACAGUGAUGACGUUGACUUUGCCUUUCUGGCGCAGAAAAAUACGAGCGGUACCUUUGAAGGCUUAGAUGGCAGUACAAUGGAUGCAGCAGAGCCGGAGGCCGUGAGGACGAAGAAGAACAACAAGAAGAAGAAGGGCAAGAAAGAUAAGGGAGACAACAAGAAAAAGAAGCUUGAGAAGAAACGCCGCAAGUUUCUCAAAAAGGUCGGAGGGCCAUUGGCAGAACGAUUCAGUGUAACAUUGGUGUCACCCAGCGUGGUGCCAAAUUAUUUCCCGACGCUCCGCGUGAUUGAAUACAAUACUACAGGUUUGGAGAGCACUACAGCUGCAGACGACCAGCCAUCUGUUCUGGACACGGAUGUUUCUGCUGAGCACCCUGAAGUCUCGAGUCAGAAUACGCCUGGGUUCGAAGUAGAAUUCAAGGUGCCAGAUGCGCCGUCGCCAACCAGCCCUCCCGGCCCAGCAUACUCCAACCAGGCCCUCUCAUUCCUUGGCUAUACCCAAUACUUCGCGAACUUGACCCGAAUCAACGCGGAGGUUGCUGCGGGCGGACAAAGCGACCCUCGAGUGAUGUUUGAGGUUGAAUAUAGCACCGACGACAAAUCAUACCGGAUGAAGGAUCUGACUGUGCGAAGCUUCUACGAGCUCGCGAUUCGCAUUGCCGAGGAGGGAGAUGCAUCUGCCAGACCCCAUAGCCAACCCACGGUGGCCAAGCGGCCUAAGGUUAACAAGGCCUGGCGCGCCUUCUUGUCGCGGGCGUUCGCGGGAUUCCUUGAUGUAGAUGAUUUGAGUGAUGAUUUGGAUGCUGUACAAUAG